AUGUCGUCGUCUGGAUCAUUGCCAGAAGAAAAGAUGGACAGCCGCUACAGCACCCCGGCGCCUGAGCUGGACGACCACCGAGGCACAUUGGGUGUCCAUCCAGCGCAUGUUACUCUACCAGUGCCCGCGGUCGAGCUACAAGUUCCCACGGCGAGGCCAAGCCCCAUGGAAGAACGAGAUUUGAUGUCUGUGGACCAAGCGUUGCUGAAGGCACGGGAUCAAGAGAGACACCCAAUCGCCCGCGACUUCGAAAAUGCCAUCGAAGACGACGACAGAAGCGAUGUGGAUUUUGACGGGCCGAACACCAGCGUCAGACGCCCGUCUCUUCAUGCUAGGAGAUUCACGAACAAUCGCGAGGGUCGCACCCGUCUUCCGCGGAAUGAUCGUUCACGAGAGAGCUCGUCAUCCCGAUCGACCUCCCCGGCCAACUCCAUUGAAGCCUUUGCCGAGCCACGUCGCCGACAACGCGCCAACACCGCCGAAAGCCAUGCGUCCUCACUCCUGGAGACGUUUCGAAACCGUGCCUACUCGGACGGCACGAACCAAAGACGCCCGACGUUGAGUAAUAUUAGCGUCCCCCCUGCUCUGACCCAGCGCACGGACAAGGACGCCAGCGAGGACGUGACCUUCCCGACUGAGGAUGAGCCUGGGAAGACGUACAAGAUUGAUUUCGAGGAGCUCGAGGAGUUUGUCGCACUAUGUGCACAGGGCAAAAUUCCCGACGACCAGAUUACUGAGGUCUCAACUGACAGCCGGGCCUUUGCGGAUUUGCGCAAACACCAUUUCGGGCACGUUGGAGAACCCAAUGCCGUUCUCAACGGGGAAUGUUUCUAUGAGAAACCCGUGACGCAACACGAUUCAAACAACGGUCAGUCUUCCUCGUCGGAAGAGGAGGUCAUGAUCCGACCAAGUCAUGCGGCGCCGGACCCCGUUGACAGAUUCUUUCUGUUCACGUCUGAACUGACACAAGGCCAGCGUGCCAAGAAGUUGGGCGAUUUUGUUGCCGAUGGCACCACCUUCCGUGAUCUAUUCGAAGUCGGACCUGACGGUGGUGUCUGGUGGCUUGACGUCCUCAACCCGACGAAAGCCGAGCUGGCAGUCCUUUGCCGGGCCUUCAAGAUCCAUCGCCUCACUCAGGAAGAUAUCGAGACCCAAGAGGCGCGCGAAAAAGUGGAGUUGUUUUCACAAUACUACUUUGUCUGUUUCAGGUCAUUCAACAUGGAUAAAGGCCACGAAGACUUUCUUGAUCCGAUCCACGUCUAUAUUGUCGUCUGUGGUGACGGAGUGCUGAGCUUCAGCUACAGCCCCAUUCCACACCCGAAGAACGUGCGCAAGCGUAUCGCAAAGCUUGGUGAUUUCCUCUCCCUCGGUCCGGACUACAUCUGCUAUGCCAUGAUCGAUGACAUCGUCGACUCUUUCGCGCCCAUCAUCCGCGACGCUGAGCAAGAAUCCGAGAAUAUCGAGGACCAGGUGUUCAUUGCACGCGAGGAUGAUUUCUUGGCUCUGCUGAGGCAGAUUGGCGAAUGCCGCAAGCGCGUUCUUAACAUGAUGCGGCUGUUGGGUGGCAAGGCGGACGUCAUCAAGGGGUUUGCAAAGCGGUGCAACGACCAGUACCAGAUGACGCCUCGUGGCGACAUUGGAUUGUACCUGGGCGAUAUCCAAGACCACGUUGUGACGAUGAUGUCGAACUUGGGCCACGUGGAGAAGAUGCUCUCUCGCUCGCACGCCAACUACCUGGCCCAGCUCAACGUGGACAACAUCCUGAAGGGCAACCACACCAACAAGAACCUGGCCAAGAUCACCGUUUUGGCGACCAUCCUCGUGCCCCUGAAUCUGAUCACUGGUCUGUUCGGCAUGAACGUCAAUGUCCCCGGCAAAGAUACCGAAGGCCUGUACUGGUUCUUUGGCAUUAUCGGUGGCAUUGGCGUGUUUGUCGUGUUGAGUCUGCUCCUUGCCAGACGACUGCGGGCCAUCUAG